AUGUUUGAGAAUCAGUCUGUUCUAGAGGCUUUGGAAGUUUAUGUGCCUCCUGGGUUGAAUUACCUAGAGAGGUUGAAUUUGGCUUACAACAGAUUCAACAACAUUCAGAUACCGAAGGGGAUUUAUAAUCUUGCGAAUUUGACAUACUUGAACUUAUCAAAUGCAGGAUUUACGGGACAGAUUCCAUUUGAGGUUUCGAGGAUGACAAGGUUGGUUACUCUUGAUCUCUCAAAUCUUUUCCCCGGGAAACAGCCACUGAAACUUGAAAAUCCGAAUCUGAAAAAGCUUGUUCAGAACCUUAAGGAGCUCCGAGAACUUUAUCUUGACGGCGUUAAUAUUUCAGCUCCAGAGAGUGAAUGGUGCAAGGCCUUGUCUUCGUCUUUACCAAAUCUAAGCAAUUUGAGCCUGUCUAAUUGUCUUCUUUCAGGUCCGCUAGAUUCUUCCUUGUCGCAGCUUCAAAAUCUUUCAUUUCUCCGUCUUGACAGGAACAAUCUGUCCACAAAAAUUCCAGACUCCUUUGAAAAUUUCCCGAAAUUGACAACUUUGAGCAUGAGCUCUUGUUCUCUGCAAGGAUUCUUUCCUGACAAAAUCUUCCAUUUACCCAAUUUACAGAAUCUGGAUUUGUCGAACAAUAAGUUGCUCGACGGCAAUUUGCCACAAUUUCCCGGAGGUGGAUCUCUUAGAAAUCUCAUUCUUGGCUACACAAAUUUUUCAGGUUCUUUGCCUGAUUCCAUUAGUAACCUUGGCCUGUUGUCGUGGAUUGAUCUGACGAAUUGCAGUUUCAGUGGACUACUUCCAUCCACGAUAACAAAUCUCACCGAAGUAGUUUAUUUGGACUUCUCCUGGAAUAAACUCACUGGUUUACUCCCACAUUUCAAUAUGGCCAAGAAACUUACCCAUAUAGACCUCUCUUUUAAUGGUCUAACCGGAUCACUUUCUUCCAUGCAUUUUGAGGGACUUAAUGAUCUUGUGUAUAUAAACUUAGGGUAUAAUUCACUCAAUGGGAGUAUCCCCCCUGCUCUGUUUGCGCUCCCGUCACUGCAGAAACUCAAACUGUCUAACAAUCAAUUUGGUGGCCAAGUCAAUGAACCUUUGAGUACGUCCUCAUCCCAAUUGGAUACACUCGAUUUGAGUAGUAAUCUUCUAGAAGGGCCUAUUCCCAAUUUUUUCUUUGAGCUUCAAAAACUUAGCGUUCUCUUACUUUCUUCCAACUUCUUUAAUGGCACUGUACAGAUGGAAAAUAUCCAUAACCUUCAAAACCUCACGACACUCGAGCUUUCUCACAAUAGCUUGUCAAUCAAUGCAAGCAACAGUUCUUCGAGCCCAUAUCCUUUUCCACAUAUAAACAGGUUAAGCUUAGCUUCCUGCAAUCUACAAAGUUUUCCUGACCUGAGGAACCAAUCAAAAAUGUGCUUUUUAGACCUUUCAGACAACCAAAUUAAGGGGGAAAUACCUAAUUGGAUUUGGGAAUCUGGAAGUGGAUGUUUAUAUCAUUUAAAUCUUUCUCACAAUUUCUUGCAAGAUCUGCAAAAACCUUACAACAUUCCAAGUCUUGCUGUUUUAGACCUUCAUAGCAACCAGCUCCAGGGCGAUCUGCCAAUCCCUCCGCCGUUAGCUAUGUACAUGGAUUACUCGAACAAUAAUUUCAACCACUUUAUUCCAGCUGAUAUUGGCCACAGUGUUUCAUCUGCUGCUUUCUUUUCUCUUUCAAAUAAUAAUAUAAUUGGAACUAUACCUGAAUCCAUAUGCAAUGCUAGUUACCUUCUUGUUCUUGAUUUGUCGAACAAUUCCUUAAGCGGUACAAUACUGAAAUGUCUACUAUCAAGUCAGACUCUUGGCGUACUGAAUCUAGGAAGAAACAAUCUCAGCGGAACCAUUCCUGAUGCAUUUUCUCCCAGUUGUGGUCUAAGAACUCUAGACCUCAGUAGGAACAGUUUAACAGGGAAGAUUCCAGGAUCUCUGGCCAAUUGCAAAUUAUUAGAAGUUUUAAGUGUUGGAAACAACAAAGUUGAAGGCAUCUUCCCAUGCACGUUGAAAAAUUCAUCCAGCCUGCGUGUGUUGGUUCUGCGAUCCAACAGAUUCCACGGAGAACUUCAAUGUCUUGGGGCCAAUAACAGCUGGCCAAAUCUUCAAAUCAUUGACAUAGCUUUUAACAAUUUCAGUGGGUAUCUGUCACCAAGAUUCUUCCUAGGGUGGAGAGGAAUGAUGCUUGACAAUGAUGUCCAACUCAAGUACAACAACCUGAGAUUUAAUUUUCUGAAUCUGAACAACUUAUACUAUCAGGACACCGUGACAGUAACCAUUAAAGGAUUCGACAACAGUCAGAUACCAAAGGGGAUUUAUAAUCUUGCGAAUUUGGCAUACUUGAACUUAUCAAAUGCAGGUUUUUUCGGACAGAUUCCAUUUGAGGUUUCGAGGAUGACAAGGUUGGUUACUCUUGAUCUCUCAAAUCUUUUGCCCGUGAUACAGCCACUGAAACUUGAAAAUCCGAAUCUGAGAACGCUUGUUCAGAACCUUAAAGAUCUCCGAGAACUUUAUCUUGAUGGUGUUAAAAUUUCAGCUCCAGGGAGUGAAUGGUGCAAGGCCCUGUCUUCGUCUUUACCAAAUCUAAGCAGUUUGAGCCUUUCUAAUUGUCUUCUUUCAGGUCCGCUAGAUUCUUCCUUGUCACAGCUUCAAAAUCUUUCAUUUCUCCGUCUUGACAAGAAUAAUCUGUCCACAAAAAUUCCAGACUACUUCGCAAAUUUCUUGAAAUUGACAACUUUGAGCAUGAGCUCUUGUUCUCUGCAAGGAUUCUUUCCCGACAAAAUCUUCCAGUUACCCACUUUACAGAAUUUGGAAUUGUCGAAUAAUAAGUUGCUCCAUGGCAAUUUGCCACAAUUCCCCAGGGGUGGAUCUCUUAGAAAAAUCAUUCUUAGCUACACUAACUUUUCAGGGUCAUUGCCUGAUUCCAUUGGUAACCUUGGCAUGUUGUCGUGGAUUGAUUUGACGAAUUGCAAUUUCAGUGGACUACUUCCAUCCACGAUAACAAAUCUCACUGAAGUAGUUUAUUUGGACUUCUCGUGGAAUAAUCUCACUGGUUUACUCCCACCUUUCAAUAUGUCCAAGAAACUUACCCAUAUAGACCUCUCUCGUAAUGGUCUAAUUGGUUCAGUUUCUUCCAUGCAUUUUGAGGGACUUAACGAUCUUGUGUAUGUGGACUUAGGGCAUAAUUCACUCAAUGGAAGCAUCCCCCCUGCUCUGUUUGUGCUCCCGUCACUGCAGAAACUCAAACUGUCUAACAAUCAAUUUGGUGGCCAAGUCAUUGAACCUUUGAGUACAUCCUCGUCCCAAUUGGAUACACUCGAUUUGAGUAGUAAUCUUCUAGAAGGGCCUAUUCCCGAUUUUUUCUUUGAACUUCGAAAUCUUAGCGUUCUCUUACUUUCUUCCAACUUCUUUAACGGCACUGUACAGAUAAAAAAAAUCCAUAACCUUCAAAACCUCACGACACUUGAGCUUUCUCACAACCGCUUGUCAAUCGAUGCAAGCAACAGUUCUUCGAGCCCAUAUCCUUUUCCACAGAUAAACAGAUUAAGCUUAGCUUCCUGCAAUCUACAAAGUUUUCCUGACCUAAGGAACCAAUCAAAAAUGUCCUUUUUAGACCUUUCAGACAACCAAAUUAAGGGGGAAAUACCUAAUUGGAUUUGGGAAGCUGGAAAUGGAACUCUUAGUCAUUUAAAUCUUUCUUACAAUUUCUUUCAAGAUCUGCAAAAACCUUACAACAUUUCAUCAAGUCUUACUGUUUUAGAUCUUCAUAGCAACCAGCUCCAGGGUGAUCUGCCAAUCCCUCCAUCAUCAGCUAUCUAUAUAGAUUACUCAAGCAAUAAUUUCAACCACUCUAUCCCAGAUCAUAUUGGAAACAAUGUUUCGUUUGCUUCUUUCAUUUCUCUUUCAAAUAAUAAUCUAAUUGGAGCUAUACCUGAAUCCAUAUGCAGUGCUAGUUACCUUCUAGUUCUAGAUUUGUCGAACAAUUCCUUGAGCGGUACAAUCCCGAAAUGUCUACUAUCAAGUCAGACUCUUGGCGUGCUGAAUCUAGGAAGAAACGAUCUUAGCGGAAUAAUUCCUGAUGCAUUUUCUCCCAGUUGUGGUCUAAGAACUCUAGACCUCAUUCUGCGAUCCAACAGAUUCCACGGAGACCUUCAAUGUCCUGGGGUCAAUAACAGCUGGCCAAAUCUUCAAAUCAUUGAUAUAGCUUUUAACAAUUUCAGUGGAUAUCUCUCCCCGGGAUGCUUCUUAAGUUUGAGAGGAAUGGAGCUUGACAAUGAUUCCCAAUUUGAUCACCACCACCUGAAAUUUAAUUUUCUGAAUCUGAACAACUUUUACUAUCAGGAUACCGUGACAGUAACCAUUAAAGGGUUGUUUGGUAAGAUCCCGACAGGUCCUCAAUUGCAAACAUUUUCACCAGCCUUCUAUGAAGGAAAUAUGGGUUUAUGCGGGUUUCCAUUGCCCACAAGCUGCGAAGAAAGCACAUCUGCACCAAAGUCAGGGCCUAUCUCUAAAAGUUUAGAUUUUGAUUGGCAGUUCAUAUUCACAGGCUUGGGAUUCGGGUUUGGAGCAGCACUCGUCAUUGCACCUCUUGCAUUUGUCAAGAAAUGGAGGCAACAAUGCAACGAGCAUCUGGAAAAACUUAUAAAGCUGAUUUUUCCAAGGUAUGGAUUCAGUUAUGUUAGGUAUGAUGGUAAGGCUGAGGCUUCAUCCAAAAUUGUAGAUGAGACAACCGAGGAUGAGGAGGACAAUGAGGACGAGGACAAGGAUGAAAUAGAAGAUGACACAUUCUGUGGUAGGUAUUGUGUGUUUUGCACAAAAGUUGACAUUGAAAGAAAAAAAGCCGUGCACAAUCCAAAAUGCGCAUGCCAUUAUUCACCUCCCACGUUCAAUUCUUCACCUACAUCAUUUUCUUCUUCUUUGUUAGUCUCAUAUCGCCAAACUGUUUUGGGCCCAUCUUGA